GUUUUGUAAGCCUGAAAUAAAAAAAAAAUUAAAAAAAUAUUAACAGGAACAGGGAAAUUGACGUUUCUAUGUGACGACAUUUUGUAAAUUUUUCAGAUGGAACCUUAACAGCUUCCUUUCUGCUUCAGUAGGUCGCUCUGUUGAAGAAAAGAAGAGAUUCUGUUGACCUUAGAAAACACAGUUUUAGUCUGGAUUAUUGAUAAAAAUAUAGAAGAAUGCCACUGCUAGCUUGCCGAGGCUGCCUUGCGACAGAGCCUCGGCUUUUCAAUCUAUUCAAAAAUAAUUUGUAUGAUGAGUUUGGGGAAGUUGUUGGUACACCGAUAUUUGAAGGUGAUGACCUACCGCAGCACAUCUGUGGGAUGUGCUACGCUCAGUUGCUGAAGUUCGUAUCGUUCCGGGAUCGCUGCCGGAAGGUGCAGGACAUGUUGGACGCCAUGGAGCUUCAAGGGUUAACGAUCACAACAUCAUUAAUAGAAUCCAUUGACCGUGACUCUUACAACUUGCUGCCCAGACUCACAAAGGUGGUCCCAUCGCUGGAAGAUGUGUGUAUAAACGAGAAUAACAAACACGAGUUCAUACCUGAUGAUUCCGACGAUGGUAGAGACGUAGAUCAAGAUUCGAUUCCACAAAGUAACAUGAUCAAUGAAACAGACUGUGAUGAUGGAGAAAUAGAUCUCCCUUCGCAGCCAGAUGUAUCACAAUUCCUGGUCUUUAAAGAUCAGCCCAAAAAUAAUGAUGCUCAACUGAUACGACAAAAUAAUGCAGUAGCUCAACCAAUUCGUCAAAAUAAUGCAGUAGCUCAACCAAUUCGUCAAAAUAAUGCAGUAGUUCAACCAAUACAACAAAAAAAUGUAGUAGUUGUACCAUUACGACGUAAUAAUGCAGUAUCUAAACCUAUACGACGUAAUAAUGCAGUUCAACCAAUACAGGCCAAUAAUUCAGUAGUUCAACCAAUACAGGCCAAUAAUGCAGUAGCUCAACCAAUACUGCACAAUAAUGCAGUAGUUAAACUAUUACAGCCCAAUAAUUCAGUAGUUCAACCAAUACAACCCAAUAAUGCAGUAGUUCAACCAAUACAGGCCAAUAAUGCAGUAGCUCAACCAAUACUGCACAAUAAUGCAGUAGUCAAACUAUUACAGACCAAUAAUUCAGUAGUUUCACCAAUACAACCCAAUAAUGCACCAAUUCAACUGAUAAGGCCCGAUAGUAACAAGGUAGUUAAACUUUGGCCUGUUAAUAGCAAGGUAAUUCAACAAAUACGGCCAAAUCUUACCAAGUUAGUUACACUAUGGCCUGCUAAUAAUAAGGUAGUUCAAAAAGUACAGCCCAAAAAUAAUGCAGUCGUUCAACCGAAACAGCCCAAAAAUAACGCAGUCGUUCAACCGAAACAGCGCAAAAAUAACGCUGUCGUUCAAUCAAAGCAGCCCAAAUAUUAUGCUGUAGGGAAAAAUCAAUUAAAACGUUGCAAACUCUCAAAAGCCUUUUUCGAAGAUCCCAAAUACUGCGAACUUGUCAAACGAGAGUUCAACAUACAAAUUACAACGUUGACGAAGGAACAACAAAUUAAAGAAAUACAGGACAAAAUUUUCCAGGGGUCUAAAUCGGCGCUAACAUGCUGUUUAGGAUGCGGGAAGAUAUUUAUCAACGCAAAACUUCAUGAGGCACACAUUAAUAAAUGUCACGACGAAUCAAUCGGGCCGCAUGUCUGCGAUAUAUGCAACUAUCGUUUCCCCAAAAUUGCGUUUCUUUCCCGUCAUAAGAGGACUCACAAAUUCCGAGUUUCCUGCACAAAAUGUAGUUUCAAAUCCAACGAUUUAAGCAUUAUGAUUCAGCACUCACAGUGGCAUUCUGGAGUGAAGAUCAAGUGUAAAUAUUGUGAUAAUGUGUUCGAUACAAAAGAGCUAUUGCAUGCACAUAUCAAAAGCGAGCAUGUAAAUCAAAUACCCUGGUGUAAAUGCUGCGGACAGCCUUUCCUAAAGGAAUUCAUUUUGAGGAACCAUAUCAAAAGAUUUCACAGUUUCUUGCUGAAAUUUGACAACAACUGUACGCAGUGUGGCUUAAAAUUUUCAAGCGCUGAAGCGUUGAACACACAUUUGACAGUCACUUGUGGAGAUUUCGCGUGUGUGAUGUGUGGAACACGUUUAGAGAGUGAAGAGUUUUUGAAACAGCAUAUUAUUAAAGACCACUCAAGAUGGGAGGUUAUAAAAAUGGUGCGAUGCAGUCAGUGUCUGCUAGAGUUUUACGGGGAAGGAUCUUUAGCUAAGCAUGAAGAAACUUGCGGUAGUGGGUACCCAUGCCAUGAGUGCGGAAUAAGCUUGCCUGAUACCGAGUCGCUACAGUACCAUAAAGAAACACAUCUAAAGUCUUACCACACUUGUAAGGAGUGCAACUUGACAUUUGACUCGGACAACUACCGUCGGCAUUGUGAGAAAUAUCACCACUCCAAGCCAGAAAGAGAAUAUCGAUGUCGCAGAAAAACAACAGCCCGCGUGUGGUCAGUUAGCGGCAGUAUCAUUACUUCCAACGUAGAGACGCCGGUCGCGUCCCGCCCUGAUGAGGAAUGCAAGUACAUUUGCGAGGUCUGCGGCAAAGGGUGUCCGACGAAGGUAUCGUUCAAAAGCCACACUUACACCCACAGAGCUAGAAAAUUGUACAAGUGUGAGCUAUGUAAUAAAAGCUACCGCAAAAAGGAAUAUUUCCAGCGACAUAUGAUGAUACACAAGGGAAUAAAACUGUACGGGUGUUCACUCUGCGAGAAAAGAUUCCAUAGUGCAUCCGGCCGGACCAGACAUAUUAUGAGGCACGCGGGUAUUCGUCGACACGUCUGCAACAUUUGCAAGAAAGCAUACGUAACAUCUACCGAAGUUAAAACUCAUAUCAAAACUGUACAUAUGUCUCAACCAACGGUACCAAGGAAACGGCGAGCUCGAAAAAACAAGGACAUCGUUGUGAAGACUGAAGAUAAUACAAAUAUAGAUCUGAGCAAUUAUGUUAUUGACAACGAAGUUGAAUACGAAUAUGUUAUUGAAGAGGUAGUUACGGAAGAUUGACGCCUGAUCACAUUACUAUGAGGUCUCACAGUACGCGUGGACGCACAGGGUGACGCGAACCAAUCACAGAGCUCUAUUCAACGCUGUUCGAUUUGCUGCUUCACUUAAGCAAGCAUCGUUUGUGAAUACGGGCGUUAGAUUCAUUGAAGAACUUUUAAAGUGAUAUCUACAGGGUGUUGAUUUCCUCGAAGAAAAAUUACUAUUUACACUACCUACUUUACGUGGCUUCUGAGCGAGCUACAGUACAGCUGAUGUCGCACGGAAAAUAUUCGCUAUAAUUCCAGUUUCGUUUGUAUUUUUUUUUGUGGAUAAUGCGUUUAUGUAAGCAGAG